AUGAAAAAUGCUGACCUUGGGAUGAAUGCGCCAAAUGGUUUGAUUAUACCUGAAAAAGUUAAUAAUGAUAAGGUCAAAGGUGACAAUACACCAAAUAACAGUUUUACAACAGUCAAUGCGAAUAGUGAAGCACAGGAUGGCAAUGCUACUGAUACAGAAAAUGAUUAUGAUGCUGACUUCGAAAUGAAAAAGAAUCCGGAAUUGGACGAAAGUGAAAUGAAAAAGGAUCCGGAAUUGGACAAAAGUGAAAUGAAAGAAAUUUCGGAAUCAGAAAGUAAUAAAAGUGGAAAGUUAAUGAAAGAAGAAAAUUUACGAAAUAAAUCUGAUGACAUAUUUUGGAAACAUUUCCUUCAUAUUAACGAAACGGAAAAUACAACACAAAGUUCAAUUAGUGAUUUGAAAGAAGUGGUCACAACAUUGAAUCUUUCGGAAGCGCAAACUGCCACUUUUGUAAGAAUUAUUGAAAAAAUCGUUGAUGAGGAACUUAAAAGACGUCAUGAUGAAGAGGGGUCAAAGUUGAAAUUUAUUGAAACAUCAGAAAAACCAAAAUUAGCUGCUGCCAAUUCCUAUGAACUCAAUAGUGAAUCUAAAACCGAUGAUCGUUACGAAGAAGAAAUUAGACCGCAUGAAAAACUUACGGUAAAUACCCGUUUAAGUUUUAACGAUCAACACAUCAUUGAUGAUUACCGGAAUGUGCAAGAGGAAAUUCCGGAAGCAUUAGCUGCAGAAUCAUUGAAAUUAGAUUCUCGAAAACAAGCUAGGAAGAAAGCAGAUUAUGUGGCACGUGAACAAGCUGAAUAUGACCGACUGAUAAGCGGAAUAACUGACACAACACCAAGAUUAGAAUCUGAUUAUCUGGAAACUAAAGCUGAUCAAGGUGCUAAUCAAAGACUGAUAAGGACGACAGUUAAAAGUAUAAGUACGGAAGAAGCACAAACUAGCACUCCAACAGGAUUACAACCUGAAAAAGUUGGAUUACAACCGGUCGAACGAUUUUACAUACCAAACAGAACAACCAUAAUUUACGGAAAAGUGACAUCGUUUCCAAGGACAGUUUUUGAACGACAGGCAGAGGAUUUUCGAAUUCGACUGCUUGGAAUGAACGGUUUUGGUGAUAUUAUUAAAGCAUUGAAGCAUGCUAAAAUCGGUUUUUUUGAAAGAUUGUCGCAUUACAGAAAUGUCAUUCCUUAA